CCAACCUUAUGCCAGUGAGCGUCACGUCUCUAUGGCAACAGAGGAAGGACGCGAACUGCCUAGUAUCCGGAGUUUGUGCUUUCCUAAUCUGCCUAUUCAAUUUGAAUUCGUUUCUUAUCUCGUCCAGGCGAAAUACAACUAAACACGAUUAUUUACAAACCUCAUCACUGAUAGGCUUGUUUAAUAAAUUUAAUAGAUUAAGUGAUUCUCGCAGAACUUCCGGUUUGACCAGCGGCUACUUCAGGUUGGUGGAGAUGGACUCUCCGCAUGUCGGAGUGGUCAGAGACUCAAUGAACAACAAUCCUCUUAUAAAGAAGGCUAAACUUGGGAAGACCAAAUCCAAAGGAGUGUCCUGUCCAGGACCAGAUUUUGUUUAUGGUGCAGCGACCACCUUCCAAGAUGGUGGAGUGGCAGAAGCCCUUUCCAAUUGGCACACUCCUUCACCGUCCUUCUCCAGCUCUGCGUGGUACGGGAAGGCAGAGCGAGACUUUGUGGCGCUGAAUCGUGAAGGUAUAAAGUCUGGCCUGGUCACGGCCAAAGAGCUGCAGCAGUACCACGCCACUCAUGAUAUCAGACGCCCAGUCUUUUCCAAAAGCUUCAAGUCUGCUCCACCACAAAUACCACAGGACAUCACAUUCGGCCUUCCUACAUGGCCUUCCAGUCCGAUCUCAGCGCUGUUGGAGUACAAGUACGGCCAGAGGUGGCUGGAGGAGCAACAGGCCAGAGACAGAGCACUGCUGGAUCACCAAAAUAAGAAGCUUGUGAGGAACCAGGACACCCGUACCACCCUCCUCCGCAAGACUCGCCCUCUGAAGGAACCACCAACUAUGUGGAAACUGCCCCGCUUCCAGCAGACAGCUUGGGGUCAGAGGAUGCAUGGGAUGAAAAUCAGCAUUGAAAGACGCGUGUUCUUGCGCUGUAAUUCAGAAAAAGCCACAUUGAUGUGCCGAAAGUGUUUGAGAGAACGAGACGAAGGGAUUGCUUACAAAAUAAAGCAGACGAAAACAACAAACAACAGCACCCAAACCACCACGACUGCAGCUCAUCAGGUUCUUGUUGUGUCCCACCUGCCACCAGCCAAGCUAACACACACACACUAUACACAGAACACAUUUCAGCCAAGACUUCCCCUGAACCUGUCUGCUGUUUUAAAAAAAAGUAGCAGCCUGCACUAUACUGAACAUCUACGCAGCAAAAAAUUGGACCAGCUCUGGACACCUUCCGAGAUCCUGAAGCACGAGAGAAGGCCAUGGCUGCACACUACAAGGACUCGGUAGCCAGACGAGGGCUGCUGGGACAGGGCACUUACACUGUGGACUGACAGGCCGAUUAUUAUCCAUAUAAUCUCCCAGUUUAUCCUUCAGAUCAGUUUAUUUUUCUCUAACAGUCUGGACACGGAGACAGUGUUAGUGAUUUCAGCUCGUAUUGUCAAUGUGAGAUUUUGGUCCUGAGUCCACGCCACAGCUGUUAGUGCAUCAUUUAUGCAAUAAAUUCGUUGCUUAAA